GCUGCUGUGGCUGAACAGGAAGCAGCUGCGGCUGCUGAAUCAACUGGAAACUGAUGGAAACCGUCAGUGUGCUGUUAGCUUCGAGCUGGAGACAAAUAAUCAUUUUCUGUGUUUUUUAAAUCAGUUUUUACAUUUUUAUUGAACUAAUGGAGAAGAUGUCCGGUGGCUCUGUAGGUGAAGAUCUGUUUGACAGUAUUGUAAUGGCGGAUGAAAGGUUAGUUUACUGUUUUACUUAUAUCAAUCCAUCCAGUCACUCUAGGUUUUCGACACACACACACACACACACACACGAACACACAACUGUAAUUUUUACAAAGCCCAGAAAAUUUGAUAAAUACUGUCAGUGAAUUUCGAUUUUGUAAGUAAUUUUCCAGAAGUUUCUUGGUCAUACUUGUACAUUGCUGCAGAAAAAUAAAAUAAUAAUAAUAAUUAUAACAGUACUACUACUACUACUACUACUAAUAAUAAUAAUAAUAAUAAUAAUACUAAAAAAAAACUUGUGUGCUGUGCUUUUCAGGUUUCGGGGAAAGGGGUACCGUGAGGGCUUUGAGAGGGGGAGUCACAGAGGAUUGCUGGAGGGCCGCAGACACGGAGCCUCUCAUGGGGCCAAACUGUCCUCUGAGGUGAGUCAGUGGAGGUAAAUAGAGGAAACGAGGCUGAUAGAUGAGAUUGGAAGGGGGCUGCAAGGAGUCAGUAUCAAGAAGAGUUCAGAGAGAAGUUUUAGAAACAUUUCAUAAGGUUAACCAAACAUGGACAACAUCUCUGAAUAAGGGAAAGACAGACAACUUUAUCAUUACUUGAAGGAAUGAAAAAAGUAUUUAAAAAAAAAAAAAAAAACAGGGGGAAACAGAGAGCAGGGAGCAAAACACAUCCUUAUUCCAGAAGAAAUUCCAGUUCUGCAGGAAGCAGCAGGAUCAGGGCCAAAAUCACUAUAUUGAUAUCACAGUAUAAGAUAUAAUAAGAGAUAAGAUAAACCAGUGGUUCUCAAGUCCAGUCCUCGAGCCCCCCCGUCCUACAUGUUUUGGAUGUUUCCCUGCUCCAACACACCUGAUUCAAAUAAUCAGCUCGUUAUCAAGCUCUGUACCGGCUUAAUAACGAGCUAAUCAUUUGAAUCAGGUGUGUUGGAGCAGGGAAACAUCGAAAGGAUGCAGGACAGUGGGGCCUUGAGGACUGGACUUGAGAAUCAGUGUAAGGAAAUUUGCAGCAUUAACAGCAGCAAGGGAUCAGCACAGCAAAUGUGAAAGAAUAAGUACACUCUUCAUGGACAAUAGUGAGCUUAGUCCUUCACAAAAAAAUGUUAUAGGCCUAUACAAAAAAGAGAAAAAAUGUUAGAAACAGCAACAACAUAACAACUCGAGAAAAAAUGGUUCAUUCUACACAGUGAACAGAGAAGAAUCAGACAUGUUAUUGCACAUUAUUUGAGUUUUUAUACCUUGGAAAAUGUAGUUAUACGCAGUUAUGAUAAAUAUCUAGUCUGGCAAUAUUGCACAUAGAGGUAGUAUUGAGUUAUCGUUCAUUAGUUGUGCCAAAAAACCUGGACUACUGGGGGCAGACCUGGUUCAACAGUCUGACUGCAGCAGGUCUUUGUCUUUGGUGCACAUGAUUAACAGGCAGGAUAGAGAGAGAAAACAUAACUUACUGUAACUCUGUUAGCUACUCAAAAUCCCAAAGUGUGUGUGAGUAGGUCGUAUCUAUCUGCUUAAAGACUAUCUACAAAAUAAUCUGUAUUAUAAAGUGUCAUGGCAUUUCUUUUUAAGUUUGCUUCAUAGAAAACUCAAAUGUGUUCUUGUCUCUGCUGUGUCAUAUGUUUUCAUCUUUUACUCUGUCCAUCUCUCCGCAGAUUUCCUUCUAUUACGGGUUUGCUGUCACAUGGAAAUGUCUCCUACAGCAUAACACAGAUGUGAAAUCCAAGUAUGAACUAUUUCUAGAUCCAAUGUGACGGUUGUUAAUUUCUGUCAACACCUGAAACAUGAUUAAAAAUAUUUGUGUGUGUGUGUGUGUGUGUGUCAGGAAGCGUCUGAAGGCUCUGGAUACUCUGCUGGGUCUGAUCCAGGACUGUCCUCAAUCUGACCCUCAGUCUGUGAAGCUGCAGGAGGACAUGGACAGACUACGAGCCAAGUUCAGACAGGUACACUGUUUUCACCUGAACAUGAAGGUUUAGUCUCCUGCCGCUGCCAAUCGGUGGUGCAACAGUUAGUCAACAGAAAUCAAACAAUUUACCUUAAGGCCGUAAUUCAAGACCAGUACUCAAUCUGCGACCAGGUCUCUUUUCAUAACCCGGAUUAUGGUUAUUAUGGGUGAAUAGAUUUCUCCAAAUUUAAAGAUAUAAAAUACUUAAAGAUAGAGUCAGAAAGGUCAUCACAGAAAACUGGUGUUUACGCUAAAGGACCAGGGUCACUCUAAACUCUUCACUCUUUAAAGAAGAAUUAGCAUUUGCUGUGCUAAAGCCAUCGACACAAAGCAUUUAUCUCUCACCUGCUGACCUCUCUGCUGUUCUUCAGGUCUGCUCCAUGAUCAAUGUCCCCGCUGACUUCAAGGACUUUGUCAAAACCUCUGAAGGGACGUCUUUCUGAAUGUCUCCACCAAUGGGGAUGAGGCUGACGAUGAUGAAGGGGAGCGUAGCUGACCUCUACGUCCUACUGUGCUUUGGGCGGCAAUAGGUCUGUGGUGGAUUUGUUGGAGGGUUUGAGGGUGAAGCAGUGAAAGCAGAGCCAGAGUCCUCUCUGAACUAAGGAUCAGUGUGAGGAGCUCAAUGGAAGUCCUGCAGGGUCUGAACCUGGACCACAGAUAGGAGGAGAGAAGACCUCUGCUGACAGGGUGGGGUUAUUGCAGUGAUUAAGAGUUUUCAUAAGAAACUGAACGUCAGAGUCCUGAACGGUCUAAUCAGUCUGUGAGAGAUAAAACGUGUUUUUCUUUGAAGGAAAUAAACAGAAAAGCCUCAGCUCGAGACACUUACCAUAAAGCAGCCUGAUGAUAAAAGAGACUCUUUUAAAACUUUUUAUGUCAUCUUAAAAGUUGGUGUUCAUGAGUUCAUCCAAUAUCAUACAGCUGAGGAAAACCGUGGUAUCAGCUGAAGUAAAUAAACCUUUUGGAAAGACUGUUCAGCUUAGACAAAAAGUAGCGGAUGGACAUCAAAUAGAUGUCAGGGACCCCCAAAACAGACUUUGACUUGUAUGCUGGAGUGACUUACAUUUUUGAUAUGGUGGCAAAUAAAAUCCUGGACCCUGAUUUUUUUUUCCCCUGGCAUCUCUAGGUUUAGGUUUAGAGUUAAACCUUCAGCAGCUCUGGAAAUGAGAGAUACACAGAUUGAUUGUUUGGCCGUCAUUUAUACAUGACUUUUUUUUUUUCAAAAUUAUUUUCACCCCAAUAUCUGUCUUGUAUUUCUUUUUUAAUACAUGAAAUGGCUGACAGAAACCCUAGAGUCCCUUGUGGCAGUAUUUUACUUAUUUUACAGAGCUAAGUAUAUUUUUCCCAUCUAUAUUUAUUGUAUGAAAUAUUUACUAAAAUUUAGCAGUUUUAUUUCUCUUGCUUUUAGAAAUAUUAAAUUUUUUCAAAUGCAAAACAAACAAACAAUGUGAUAUCAGCAUUAUAUAUUGGCCACUGCCUGACCUACUCUUUCAUUAUCAGAAUCUGUAUACUAAUCGGUAGACCACUACUGAAAAUAAAUCAUGUACCAUCACUUUUUGAGUCUCGUUUUUUUUUUUUACAGCAGCUGUAACAGAACAACUUUACACUCUUGAAAGUGAGAGGGAGAUGCAUUCUUAUAGAAUAAAGACUUUGUUGUUUUUAACCUGGUUGCUAUUCCUCCUUAAAUUGUCAACAUGAACAACUGAAAUAUGACAAGAUAAAUGUAUUUGUUUCGCACCAAUUGUACAAAGAAAACUAACAAAGAGCAUGGAAAGAAAUAUGAAAAUGUGCUCACUAGUGUAAGAUUUACCUGGCACGCCCACUGUUGGAGUGCUUGAGUCCCAAAAUAGUCUUUCCCUAAC